AUGUAUGAGGGACCAAGUAUGGAGAAGAAAGUUGAGCAAAAGCAUGAUCAACAGGCACCUCUUAUAGAGAACAAGCAGAAAGGUGAAGAGAAGGUUACUGAGAAUCUUCCAGCAAGAGAAGUGGUACCUCCGGUGUCUAUAGAUCAUCACAUCAAAAUUCCAUAUCCACAGAGACUCCAAAAGAAUCGUCUUGGCAAGCAGUUUGCAAAGUUCUUAGAGGUAUUCAAGAGGUUGCAUAUCAACAUCCCCUUUGCAGAAACAUUAGAACAGAUGCCCAGUUACGUUAAGUUCAUGAAAGAGAUUUUAUCAAAGAAGAGAAAAAUGGAGGACAAUGAAACUGUGGCAUUGAUAGAAGAGUGCAGCGCUAUUCUUCAAAGGAAGCUUCCACAGAAGUUGAUGGAUCCUGGAAGUUUCACAAUCCCAUGCACAAUUGGUAACUUUGAGUGUAAGCACGCACUAUGUGAUUUUGGAGCCAGCAUCAAUCUCAUGCCUCUAUCAAUAUUCAAAAGACUUGGUUUGGGUGAGGCAAAGCCAACCACUGUUACACUACAAUUAGCAGAUCGAUCACUAGCUCAUCCGAGGGGGGUCAUAGAAGAUAAAUUAGUAAAGGUCGAUAAGUUCAUCUUCCUAGCAUAUUUUAUAGUUUUGGAUAUGGAGGAAGAUACAAAUGUGUCAAUUAGUCUUGGAAGGCCAUUUUUAGCAACCGCUAGAGCCUUAAUAAAUGUGCAAAAAGCAACGGAGGUUACAACUUGUUGUAGAGUGGAUGUGGAGGAAAAUGAGGGUAAUAAGAUUGAAGUUACUAAGAAGAAAUCUAUUGUUGAAGGUGGAAAAAAGGAUGUUUAG